AUCCGGACUUGUUUGAACAGUUACUAGAAGAAUGGGGAGACAGAAAUAACAUAGAAAAAAACACUAGAAAACUAAUAAAAAGUGUUGAAAAUUUGUAUAAAAACCCUAUGUUGAAUGUCAAUGUGAACUUUAACAUUCUGGGAAUAAGGUUUAUAAGGAGACAUCUAAGAACUGUUGAUAGGACUGAAGAUAUAUCUUUGUAUUUGAGGAGUUACUGUGAAUGGCAAGGAAUGAAGAAAAUUGCGAAGAAAAAGCAGUAUUUUUCGAUAUUAUUUACUAGCCUGGAUCUAUAUUCUACAAAAAAUGGGAGCAACUUAAAAGUUCGCGAGGCUGUGGGUCGCAGUUUCAGGAAUGGUAUUUGCAACCCGCACCGGAGUUGCGCGGUGUUUCAGUGGAGGCUCGACAUACUGAAAUAUCUGGUGGCGCAUGAAAUUGGUCACAGCCUCGGUAUGUUCCAUGACAUUCCGCCAUGCACCGAUGGCAUCAUGUCAUCGAGGUUCAGAAACAGGAGGGCUCCGUUGAAAAAUUGGACACCCUGUAAUCAGAUAGCGCUGAGAAACUUUUUGAGGACGAAAAAGGCGAGGUGUUUACGUACAAAUUGAUAUAAAUAACAAUAAUACUAUAUAAGGUACUCGUAAGAAAUGGAUGAUCUCUUUAAUUAAGUUCGCGUUUUAAUUAAUUUAUCCUUAACU